AUGCAGUUCAAAUUCCUCUCCUUCCUCAUCUGCCUCUUCGUCACCUUUGUCUCAGCUGCCGCCAUCUUCACCGGCAAAGAAGGCCAGGUCGACUGGGUCGUCAGCUUCAAGGAUGGCACUCCGAAAUCAAUCAUCGACUUUACUGUUAAGAACCUCAAAGAGGCUGGAGCCGAAAUCACUCACGAAUUCUCUAUCAUAGAGGGUUUCGUCAUCAAGGCUACUGAAGCCGCCGUGAAAGCAUUCCAAGGUCUUGAGGGUUACGCUCAGAUUCAAGCCGAAUGGAAGCCUACCAUUGAACAAGACGGUCCGGUCACCGCCUUUGGAGGAGGUAAAAUCAGAGCUUAA